AUGUCGAGCCACUUCCCACGCCUCAAUCUGGACCGCCCAGCGGAUCUGGAUCAUGUGCUCCGGGUCAUCCACCAGCAUGCUACCAAGGUGGCGCAAAUGGAGUUUGGCAGCGAACUUGGGCGCGACAAGGCGUUGAAGGCCGUCGUGGACAAGAUGACCAAAAGGCUAACGGGAGCAACCAGAGCCAAGAUCGAACGCAACUUGUUAUACAACGGCAUGUCGCCACACGAGUACGCUCGACACAGCAAAGGAGUCGAGCCAUUCGACGAGGAGCUUUCGAGACGCCUCCAGAUGCUCAAUGACCAGGCUAACAACCUCACGACCGAAGUGAUUGCAUUCCGCAAGAGUCUGCCGGCACGCAGGGCACAAGCGAUGGAGAAGCGUGCGGCGGUCAUCCGUGCGCUCGAGGCCAAGAAGGAGCAGCAGCGCCGCGCAGUGGAGAAGGAGCACGCUAACAAACUCCGCGAAGAAAGCCGACCCAUCGCUCUCGAUCUCAAGCGCAAGGCGGAAGCGGCUGACACGCUCAAGCAAUCCGUCCUCGAUAUCACCAGCCUCCAAGUCGUAAGUCCACCCGUCGCAGACGUCGAUUCUCGAGCAAGCGACAGCCGCGAGCGAACAGGCGAAACUCGUCAAGCGCUUGCGGACAAUGCCUCUGUAGUCGAGGCCGCCGCGUUCAUCUCGUUUGCUGACGAGUCAUACCUCCCCUUCUCCGGUAGCGUCGGCCAUGUCCAGCACAUGUACCUAUAUACCCUCAUUCGUCGCAAUCACUGGUGUCUCCAUGCCUGA